AUGAUUCUAAAUCAAGAUUGUCUUACUUUAAUAAUUGAAAAAUUAUAUGAGAGUAAGCAUAAUUCUUUAUUCUCAUGUUUAUUAGUUAAUAGAAUAUGGUGUAGAAUAGUAAUACCAAUAAUUUGGAAAGAUCCUUGGUUUAUAUUAUCAAAAAUAAAUAAUGAAGAAAUUUUUUUUAAAAAUUCAAAAUUACUUUUAAAUAUUAUUUUAUUACAUUUAUCAAAAGAAUCAAGAAAUUAUUUGGAAAAUCAAGGGAUUAAUUUAUUUAAAAAAUUAAAUUUUCAAAAAAAUACUUUAUUAUUUGAUUAUUUAACUUUUUCUAAAUAUAUUAAACAUAGAAUUUAUUUUAAAAAUGGAAGUAAUAUUUAUGAUGAAAUUUUUCAUUUUUAUAAUAAUGAUCAACGAAAUUUAAUAAUACAAGAAAUUUAUAAGAUUUUUAUGAUUAAAAGUUCAAAUAUUAAAUUUUUGGAUAUUAUUGGAAUUUUACAACCUUUUUAUAAAUAUCCAGAAGAAGAAAUCAAAAUUUCAAAAAUUCAAGAAUUACAAUGUAAAAGUAAUGAUAAUCCAUUACUUUUUAAUAAAUUGACUCAAAUAUGUAAAUUUAUUCAAAAAUUUAUCAUCAUAUAUACAAAUUCAAAUAUUGAACUCACAAAAUUAAUUGAGUCACAAUUAAAAGUGAAAUAUAUAAAAAUUUUUUAUAUGAUAGAAGAUGAUGAUAUAUUAAUUUAUCAAGCAAUUAUGAAACAUUCAACAACUAUUAAUUAUUUAGAUUUAACAAUUGAAAAUAAUAUAAAUUUUAUAAAUAUUUUAUUACAAAAAUUAAUUAAUUUAAAAAAAUUAAUUUUACAUGGAAGUUUAUUUUAUAGAUUAGAUUUAGAUAAACAAUUUAUUUCUUCAUUUUACCCUAAAUUACAAAUCUUACAAUUAUGUUCAAUAUCAUUUUCUAUAAUUAUUAAAAGAGAAAAUUUAUAUAUCGCAUAUGCGAUGAUAUCGCAUCAUUAA